GAGCAGAAGUAACCGCGCGCGCGCGCGCGUGUGUGUAUAUGCAUGCAUGUGUGUUUGAGUGUGUGUGCGUGAGUGUAUGUGGAAGGAGGAAAAACUCUGGGAAAAGCCCCGAUACACGCGUUUGUGCUGACUAAAAAACACCGAAUACGGGAUUACACGGACGCCGGGAACAGCAGGAGCUUUGCUUCUCGUUUUGAGGGAAUCGGAAAAGUGGAUUUUCUUCAGCCUUUUUUUAACGUCGCGAGCGCGGAGUUUCACGGUGCCACGGAGAGAGAAAUGCGAACGGAGAAGACCAAACCGGAGACACGGUUUUAGCCUAUGAUUGCGUAAGAGCGAGGAAGGAAAGAGCGGCAUUGAGGAGGAGGAGGAGGAGGAGGAGGAAGAAAAAGAAGUACCAACCUGGAACAUGGUGCCUCAUAUUUGCCCCUCAGUGCCCUUGACGCCUCGCUGGCUUUCUGUCCUGCUUCUGCUCGGCUGCGCGGCCUUUCCCUCCCACGCCGACAGUUUGCCGAGUUUCAUUAAGACUCCGGAGGACCAGACGGGGAUUUCGGGUGGUGUAGCGUCUUUUGUGUGCCAGGCGAUCGGAGAACCCAAACCUCGUAUCACGUGGAUGAAAAAGGGGAAGAAAGUCAGCUCUCAGCGCUUUGAGGUGAUUGAGUUUGAUGAUGGCUCGGGCUCCGUCCUGCGGAUCCAGCCCCUGCGUACGCACCGAGACGAAGCCAUCUACGAAUGUACAGCCACCAACAGCGCUGGAGAAAUCAACACCAGCGCCAAACUCACCGUGCUGGAAGAGAAUCAGAUCCCUCUGGGUUUCCCGAGUAUAGACAUGGGUCCUCAGCUCAAGGUGGUGGAGCGAACUCGGACGGCUACGAUGCUCUGCGCCGCUAGCGGAAACCCCGAUCCGGAAAUUUCCUGGUUUAAGGAUUUCCUUCCCGUCGACAUCAACAGCAGCAACGGCCGGAUAAAGCAGCUUCGCUCAGGAGCUCUGCAGAUUGAGAACAGUGAAGAGUUGGAUCAGGGAAAAUAUGAGUGUGUGGCGACGAACAGCGCUGGAACGCGUUACUCCGCCCCCGCCAACCUCUACGUCCGAGUACGGCGGGUACCGCCCCGUUUCUCCAUCCCACCCAGCGAUCAGGAGGUGAUGCCAGGGGGCAGCACUAAUCUCACCUGCGUUGCUGUCGGAGCCCCGAUGCCCUACGUCAAGUGGAUGACUGGAGAAGUCGAGCUCACCAAAGAAGAGGAAAUGCCCGUUGGACGCAACGUUCUGGAACUUACCAACAUCCGCAAGUCGGCUAACUACACCUGCGUGGCCAUGUCUUCUCUGGGAAUGAUCGAAGCCACGGCGCAAGUUACAGUCAAAGCUCUUCCCAAACCCCCAUCAUCUCUGACUGUAACUGAAACAACGGCCACCAGUGUCACCCUAACGUGGGACUCUGGGAACCCAGAACCCGUGUCCUACUACAUGAUCCAAUACCGCUCUAAAGCCUCUGACAGCAGCUACCAGGAAGUGGAUGGGGUUGCGACAACACGAUACAGCAUCGGCGGGUUGAGCCCAUACUCAGAGUACGAGUUCCGCGUGAUGGCAGUGAACAACAUCGGGCGCGGUCCACCGAGUGACACAGUGGAGACUCGCACCAGUGAACAGGCGCCUUCGUCUCCUCCGCUGCACGUUCAGGCGCGCAUGCUGAGCUCCAGCACUAUGCUUGUGCAGUGGGAACCUCCGGAGGAACCCAACGGGCAGAUUCGCGGAUAUCGCAUCUAUUACACGACCGAUCCGGACUUGCAGCUGAGCGCCUGGCUGAAGCACAACACCGACGACAGCCGACUGACCACGAUCUCUGGAUUAACCACCAACGUCACCUACAGUCUCCGUGUCCUGGGCUUCACUUCUGUAGGGGAUGGACCUCCAUCUGAUGUCCUGCAGGUCAAAACACAACAAGGAGUCCCGGCACAGCCUUCUGGAUUUGAGGCCGAAGCCGAACUGGACACCAGGAUCAUGCUGAAGUGGCUUUGGCCCGUUCAGGAGCCCAUCACUUUGUACGAGCUUCAUUACUGGGAGGCCGGCUCGGACAAUAAGAUCCAUGUCACCUUCAUCCCGGCCGGGUCGUACGCCGUGGAAGGCCUGAAGCCAGACACUCUGUACAUGUUCUCCCUCGCCGCUCGCUCUGAAAUGGGCCUGGGGGUCUUCACCAAGCCCAUCGAAGCCAAGACCGCUCAGUCCACGCCCUCAGCUCCACCUCAGGAUAUUCAGGUGCUCAGUCUGAGCUCCACCAGCAUCAAGGUGAGUUGGGUUCCUCCCCCUGCUGCCAGCAGGCAUGGCGCUAUCGUUCGCUACACCGUGAGCUACCAGGCGGUGAGCGGAGAGGACACCGAGCGACACGAAGUGACGGAUAUUGGAGCGGACGCCACCAGCGUUGUACUGGACGGGUUGGGGAAGUGGACGGAGUAUGUGGUACGGGUGAGGGCUCACACCGAUGUGGGGCCCGGACCUGAGAGCGCACCAGUACGCAUCCGAACCAACGAGGAUGUGCCCGGAGCUCCUCCUCGUAAGCUGGAGGUCGAGGCCAUAAACUCCACGGCUAUCCGCGUGACGUGGAAGCCGCCGCUCUCGGGAAAGCAGCACGGUCAGAUCCGUGGAUAUCAGGUGAUUUACUCUCGGCUGGAGAACGGAGAACCGCGAGGGCAUCCGAACAUCAUGGACGUAGCGCUGCCUGAAGCUCAGUGGAACAUUGAGGACACCACCGAAUAUGAAGCCAUCAUCUCUGGUCUGAUCUCGGAGACUUCAUACUCGGUCACAGUAGCGGCCUACACCACCAGAGGAGACGGAGCGAGGAGCAAAGCCAAGGUCAUCAAAACCACAGGAGCAGUUCCUGGUAAGCCCACCAUGCUCAUCAGCAUCACGGUGGGCAACACGGCCCUCAUCCAGUGGCAGCCUCCAAAGGACAUGCCAGGCGAGCUGAUUGGCUAUCGGUUACGCUACAAGCGCUCGGAUGAGGAAAUGUUCACGGUGCAUAACUUCGGGAGCACGGACGACCACUACACGGCGACGGGUCUCUUCAAGGGCGCCACCUAUAGCUUCCACUUGAGCGCCAAGAACCGCGCAGGCACAGGAGAAGAGUUUGUCAAGAACAUCAGCACGCAGGAGGAGGCUCCCAGCGGAUUCCCGUUGAACCUGAGCGUGGUGGGCCUGACCACCACGACCACGCGGCUUACAUGGGCGCCGCCGGCCCCUGCUGAGCGGAACGGACGCAUCACUCACUACGUCGUCGUUUACAGAGACAUCAACAGCCAGCAGAACAGCACCAAUCGAACAUCAGACACCAACAUGAUGCUGAAUGACCUCCGACCGGACACCACCUAUGACAUCCGCAUCCAGGCUUUCAACAGCAAGGGGGGUGGACCCAUUAGCCCCAGCAUUCAGAGCAGGACCAUGGCCACAUCACCAGCUUUCGCAACAAGUUUUGGCGUCAGAGCGGUGAUGAAGACGUCCGUCCUUCUGACCUGGGAGCUUCCGGAGAACUUCAAGUCUCAAGGGCUUUUUAAGAUUUUGUAUAACCAGCAGAGCGUGGAGGUUCAGAGCUACGUGAGGAGGAAGCAGAUCACGGGCCUGAAGCCCGACACUAAUUACUCCUUCGUGUUAAUGAGUCGAGGGAACAGCGCCGGAGGACUGCAGCAGCAGGUCUCCAUCAGAACCGCUCCGGAUCUCCUCAAAACCAAACCCGUCGUCUUCAAAAUCGACGAGAACAACGCCGGAAAAAUCACCAUCAACCUUCCCAAAGUGCCUACUACAGCAGCCAUCAGUUGGUAUUACAUUGUGGUUAUCCCGGCAUCGCUGACAUCAUCAGGCAGGUGGGAAAAUCCGGAUGAAAUAGACCUCCAUGACCUUCUCGAGGUCAAUAAAAUUUCUUCAUUGAGGCGCCGGCGCCGUUACUCUGAACCUCCGAGACCGUACAUCACCGCCAAGCUGAAAUACCUUCCUGAGACGUUCACCCUGGGAGACCAGCAGGAGUACAACGGCUUCUACAACCGUCCAGUGCCGAGCCUCACAACGUACCAGUGCUUCGUCAUGGCUGAGAUAAAGGAGCAGAACCUUCCCAACGCCAAUGAGAAACAGCGUGUUUUCUCCUCCAGCCCGUACUCGGACCCGUUGAUGGUGGAGAACGGCAGCGUGGCUCGCAGCGUGGAGUCUCCUGAGAUGCUGUGGGUGAUGGGGCCGGUUCUUGCCGUGGUGCUCAUCGUCAGCAUCGUCAUCGCCAUUAUCCUCUUUAAAAGGAAGCGAGCGUCUCCGCUGCCUAAGGACGAACACUUGAGCGGGGUGAAGGACUCCCUCCUGGCUAACUCAUCUGAUCCCGUGGAAAUGAGGAGAAUCAACUACCAAACGCCAGGUCCCAGUACUUCCUGCUGCCCAGACACUCCAAGAAUGAGAGAACAUCCUCCCAUCUCUGUGUGUGAGCUGGCUGACCACAUCGAGCGCCUCAAAGCCAACGACAACCUACGCUUCUCACAGGAGUACGAGUCCAUUGAUCCUGGCCAACAGUUCACCUGGGAGAACUCCAACAUGGAGGUGAACAAACCCAAAAACCGCUACGCUAACGUCAUCGCCUACGAUCACUCCAGGGUCGUGCUGUCCUCCGUGGACGGUGUCCCAGGUAGCGACUACAUCAACGCCAACUACAUCGACGGCUACCGUAAGCAGAACGCGUACAUCGCCACGCAGGGCCCUCUGCCCGAGACGCUCAGCGAUUUCUGGAGGAUGGUGUGGGAGCAAAGGACCAACACCAUCAUAAUGAUGACCAGACUGGAGGAGAAAUCACGGGUUAAGUGUGACCAGUACUGGCCGGUUCGUGGAACAGAAACAUACGGAAUGAUCCAGGUCACCAUGUUGGAUACGGUGGAGCUGGCGACGUACAGCGUGCGCACGUUUGCACUUUAUAAGAACGGCUCCAGUGAGAAGAGAGAGGUGAGACAGUUCCAGUUCAUGGCGUGGCCUGAUCACGGCGUGCCCGAGUACCCCACGCCCAUCCUGGCCUUCCUGCGCAGGGUUAAAGCGUGUAACCCUCCAGACGCUGGGCCUAUGGUGGUCCACUGCAGCGCUGGCGUGGGUCGCACCGGCUGCCUCAUCGUGAUCGAUGCCAUGCUGGAACGCAUGAAACACGAGAAAACGGUGGACAUUUACGGCCACGUGACGUGCAUGCGCUCUCAGAGGAACUACAUGGUGCAGACGGAGGAUCAGUACAUCUUCAUCCACGAGGCACUGCUGGAGGCGGCGACCUGCGGCAUCACCGAGGUUCCUGCGCGAAACCUCUAUACACACAUCCAAAAACUGAGCCAGCUGUCGCCCGGAGAACCCGUCACCUACAUGGAGCUCGAGUUUAAGAAUCUGGCCAGUUCCAAAGCUCACACAUCACGCUUCAUCAGCGCCAACCUGCCAUGCAACAAGUUCAAGAACCGGCUGGUGAACAUUAUGCCGUUCGAGUCAACGCGUGUGUGUCUGCAGCCAAUCAGAGGGGUGGAGGGGUCCGACUACAUCAACGCCAGCUGCAUCGACGGUUACAGACAACAGAAAGCGUACAUCGCCACUCAGGGUCCUCUGGCUGAGACCACAGAGGAUUUCUGGAGGAUGCUGUGGGAGCACAACUCCACCAUCGUGGUGAUGCUGACCAAACUCCGUGAGAUGGGACGGGAGAAGUGUCAUCAGUAUUGGCCGGCCGAGCGCUCUGCCCGUUAUCAGUACUUCGUGGUGGAUCCCAUGGCCGAGUACAACAUGCCUCAGUACAUCCUGCGAGAGUUUAAAGUCACAGACGCCAGGGACGGCCAAUCACGAACGAUCCGCCAGUUCCAGUUCACUGAUUGGCCGGAGCAGGGUGUGCCGAAGACGGGCGAGGGAUUCAUCGAUUUCAUUGGUCAAGUUCAUAAAACCAAGGAGCAGUUUGGCCAGGAUGGACCAAUCACUGUGCACUGCAGUGCGGGAGUGGGCAGGACCGGAGUGUUCAUCACUCUCAGCAUCGUUCUGGAGAGGAUGAGAUAUGAAGGUGUGGUGGAUUUGUUCCAGACGGUUAAAACUCUGCGCACUCAGAGACCUGCCAUGGUGCAGACCGAGGACCAGUACCAGCUGUGUUACCGAGCAGCUCUGGAGUAUCUGGGGAGUUUUGACCACUAUGCAACGUAACACUUCAGCUACCGGGAAUGAAAAAACACUUUAGAGUGUGUGUGUGUGUGUGUGUGUGUGAUGACACAAACACAGCUUCUCUCCUGACUGAUUCAUUCAGAUUCAGCAGUUCUGAACUCUUAUUUUAUACACACACACACACACACACACACACGCACACACGACAGCUACUGGUAGCGGUUUUUGGUUUAUUUUUUGUUAAUCCUUAUAAAAUUUUAUUCCGACUUUAUUUAGAAUAUUUUGAUGUUUUUAUUAAUCGGUUAACCUUCUUCUCAUCUUAACGAUCCUCUGCGCUUUUUUCCUUUUCUGCAGAGCGAUUCUUUUUUUUUUUAAUUUAAUUUUAAUUGUAAAUUUUGUUUUUCUUCUUGUUUUUUAGCACACAUGGUGUGUGACUUGUGAUUUUAACAGGUACUAAUACCAGAGGACCACUGUUCUCAGAGCUGCUGUCGGAUUUCAUUCAUAACACCGUUUUAUUCUCUUUUUUUUUAUUUUAUUUCUUUUAUAUAUAUAUAUAAUUUGUAAUUUUUGUUCUAAAAAAAAAAGGUUUGUUUUAAUAAUAAUAAUAAUUAUUAUUAUUCUUUGACGUAUCGCGGCGGGUUAACUUUCUGUUCCUUUAUAGAAAAGAAAAAAAUCGAGGAAAAUAAAUAAAUAUAUAAAUAAAAAUGUUUAAAAAAAUCAACAGCAACACUAAACACAUGCCACGGCGGAGAUCCGCAGCACGUGAAAAGGCGUGCGCCGAUAUUCCAUUUCCUUUUUUAUAUUGCGAUAAAAAGUGUUAUCACAAUCUCAAUGUUGUCUGUUAGAAUCAAAACGUAAACAAACACACCGACAUCCUCCGGUUCCGUAACUGCUAACGCUAAUCCUGCUGAUUGGGCGGAGCUGGGUCACGUGACUAGCGCCUUCGCUAUCUGUACGAGGCGUCUAUAAACCACGUUAAAUCUCUGAAACGGAUGCAUUUGGACCCAGAGUCUGAUUUUUCUCAUCCCAGUGUACAGUAUUAACCACUCCACAAGUGAACUUUUUAUACAGAAAUAUAGAUAUAUAUAUAAAUAUAAAUAUAUAAAUAAACACAUAUAAAUAUGAGAAGUUAUAAAUAUUAUCCAUAUAGUAUAUAAACAACUACAGAUGUCUGAUCAGCGGUCAGUUCUGCAGACCGGGACAUACCAACUACAGAGAGACUGCGGGGGAGUGAAUCUGUAUUAAUCCUGCGAAAAAGUAAUAUCUACUGUAUUAAUCCUGACACACACCACACACACACACACACACACACACACAGGUGUGUCUGAGAGUGUGUGUGUGUGUGUGUGUGUGUGUGUUCUCUCUGAUGAAGCACAGCAGAGGCCCGAUUAUAACCACACGCUACGUCGGCCAAAAGUUUCCUUUCUACCUUGUGAAUGGUUCGUGCUGUAGGGGUUUAAAUCUGUUGUAUACACACUCUGUUUUCUAUUCGUUAAUAAUGACAAGAAGGAGAGAAGAAGAAAAAAAAACUGGAAUUUAAAAACUUGAUGUUAAUAAAGUUGAAUAAUUGUUUUGGGGAAUUUUUUUUUGUACAACA